CACGUGAACGAAAACAACAUACAGAAUGGAUUUAAGUUUGAGUUGAUAGUUUCGAAAACAAAAAUUAAUUGGCAUUGACCGAGUACAAGAGGAAAAUGGUAUACCAUAUCUGAUGAUAACAUUUAAAACUUCUUUGUUUAACUAUGAUUAUUGACAAUUUAUAUAAUAAAUUUUUUUAAACUUGAUGCUAGACUAGCUCUAGUUUACAAUAACCAGUAGGAUUAGUAUUUACAUACACAUUUAAAGGUAAAAUGGACGAUGAAACAUCAUCUGAUGAAGAUCGGUCUAAGUUUUUACAAGCAGUGGACAAACAAUUUAUCAACGAUGAUUGGUACUCAAGCAAAACUUCUACCACAGGGAAGAUCAUUAAUGCUUAUUAAAAACAACAAAGGCCCAAGAACCGAUCCCUGUGGUACGCCAAACUCAACUGAGCGAUAAGCAGAAAGACUCCCACCAACACAAACUCUCUGCCCUCGCUCAGUCAGAUAACCUUGGAUCCAAAAUGGAAACACUCCCACCUUCACUACGGAACACUGACAAUGAGCAAUAUGAUCAGUCCACAGUAAUUGGCUUGAAAGUAACUCCAGAGUUCCAGAACUAUGUGGCAAAGCAUUUAUCAAUUCUAAUUGAUAAACAACUAAAAGAAGUUGAACUCACAAACCCAAAACGUGAAAAGAAAUUAAAUAAGAAGAAAAAGAAGGGGGUUAGACUUUUACAUUCAAGUUCAUCAUUUUUGGAUGCAGAAGACCCUGAAGAUUAUAGUGUAGUACACAAUGCAAAGAGAAGAUUUAGACCAGAGGCUGAAGUUGACAGUGAGGAGGAAAGUGCUAGAGUGAGGGAGACAGCUGUGAGUGCAGAUUGGGUUGUGAAUGGUGAGGCUACUAAAGGGUGGGUGAAAAGUACAAAGGGUGAAGUGAUUGUAGGGGAAUAUAGGUACAGUGCAGUGAAUGGUAAAAGCAAAAAGAAGAAAAAUAAAAAAAUAAAGGAAGAUAAAACUAUUUAGUGAAUAAAUGAUUUUGUAUUUAAGUGUAAUUUUGUAAAAAUGUUAAAAUCUUAUUUUUACAAAAUGGUAUUAAUGAAAGAAACAUGAUUUUUUUAGACAUUCGACAUUGUUUAAUGGUACAAGAAAAAAAGUCAUCAUUUCGAGAUCGAAAUGAGCAGAUGUUAUCAAUGCUCGCCCAGGUAAUUGCCAUGUCAGGGUGCAAGAGACUACAGUUUUAUUGUCAUGAUCUGUUUAUCGUAUCGCUUUGCAGUAAUGAUAUCCAUUUUUACUCAAUGUUGUUCUUCCUUGUACUUCUAUUAAGGAUUAAUAUAUAAAGAUUAUUAUCAUUUCAUUAA